AUGCAGCUGGGGCGUGCGGCGCUGCUGCUGUGCGCGGCGGGGCUGGCAGCGGCCCCCGCACUGGGAGCUGGGGCGGAGCGGCGGGCGGCGGCGGGAGCCGGGCGGGAGCGGCGGGCGCAGUUCGCCUCCUGGGACGAGGUGAACGUGCUGGCCCACGGGCUGCUGCAGCUGGGGCACGGCCUGAAGGAGCACGUGGAGCGCACCAAGGGACAGCUGCGGGAGCUGGGCGGGCGGCUAAGCGCCCACAACAGCUCCCUGGGGCGGCUGCUGCGGCAGGCGCGGGAGGCGCAGGAGCGCGGCGACCGGCUGCGGGGCAGCGUGCGGGAGCUGGAGGGCCGCGGCCGGCAGCUGCUCAACCUCUCCGAGGCGCUGCGGCAGCGGCUGGAGGAGGUGGCUGCUGACAAGGACGCGAUCCGGGGCCGGCUGGAGCGGCUGGAGGGCCGGGUCCAUCUGGCGCUGCAGGCGCGGCCGGCUGGGAACCAGAGCGCUCGGGACCUGGGGGCGCUGCAGUCCCUGAUGGAUGCUCAGAACGUGCGGAUUGAGGAGCUUCUGCAGAAAAUCAAACAGCAGCAGUACAAGCUGGACAAGCAGAACCUGCAGAUUAAAAGCCUGCAGAGCAAGGUCAAUUUACUAAUUCCCCUACACCACAACAAAACACAGUCUCCAAAGUGGAAGAUAAACCUGAAGAAGAGCCUCAGCCUCACCAACCAGAGUCAGAAUGGCAGUGGGGAGCCUGUGCAGACAGAGAGGCUCCCAGAGGGUUGCCACCAGCUCUUCCUGGCUGGGCAGCAAAGCAGUGGCGUUUUCCAGGUGCAGCCCGCAGGAUCUCAGCCCUUCAAAGUAUACUGCGACAUGACUACAGAGGGUGGCUGGACAGUGAUCCAGAGGCGCAUGGAUGGCUCUGUGGACUUUGACCAGCUGUGGGAUGCCUACAAGAAUGGCUUUGGAGACCUUCGUGGUGACUUCUGGCUGGGCCUGGAGAAGAUACAUCACCUUGUCCAAGAGGGAAAAUACAAUCUUCUGAUUGAGCUGGAAGACUGGGAGGGGAAUUCCCAGGUGGUUCAGUUUGUCUUCAGUCUUGGUGGUGAGAGCACAGCCUACACACUCAACCUGGUGGGACCUCUGUCUGGAGAGCUGGAAAAUGCCAUUGGGGAAUUCAGGCAGCUGCCCUUCUCCACUCGGGAUCGUGACCAUGACCUUAAAGCUGACACAAACUGUGCCAAACACCUCUCAGGUGGCUGGUGGUUCAGCACCUGUGGCCAUGCCAACCUCAAUGGAAAGUACUUCCGCUCCAUCCCCCGGCAGAGGCAUGAGCGCAAGCAGGGCAUCUUCUGGAAGACAUGGAAGGGCAGGUACUACCCCCUGAAGUCAACCAUCAUGAAAAUCCAACCUGCAGCACUGGAAGCAGAGCCCUAA